AUAAUUAUCAGUAUCAUUUUAAACUUACAAGUGAAAGCAUCUUCUUUCCUUUUAAACUUAAAAAGCCUUGUGCAUUAUAAAUUGAAAAUUUAAAACUUUAUUUUAACUUUUAAACCAGUAACUUUUGAAGUAUUUUAUAUACAAAGGAAAAAAACCCUGUUAAAAUAUGAAGUGGACACGAAGUAAUCAAGCUGAACUUAUUGAUGGCAAAUCUGUUGCAGCAGAAAUCCGUGCUGAACUAAAGGAUGAAAUCGUAGAGUUUGCAUCCAAUGGUCAAAGGCCACCCCAUCUAACUGCCAUUCUUGUUGGUGACGAUGUAGCAAGUCAUACAUAUGUUAAAAAUAAAAUGCAGGCCGCCAAAGAUGUUGGUAUUACCAGUUGUACGAAAAAUCUUCCAGCCACUAUUACAGAACAAGAACUUCUUAACAUUAUAAAUGAGCUCAAUAACGAUGAUAGUGUUGAUGGUAUUCUAGUUCAACUCCCAGUGCCAGAGCAUAUAAAUGAAAGAACAAUAUGCAAUGCAGUAUCAUAUUUGAAAGAUGUUGAUGGCUUCAAUGAAGUGAACAUGGGUAGAAUGUGCUUGGAUAUGGAAUCAAUGAUUCCUUGUACACCAUUGGGUGUACUUGAAUUGAUAAAACGAUGGAAGAUCGAUACAUUUGGAAAGAGCGUUGUAGUUGUGGGACGAUCAAAGAAUGUUGGCAUGCCAAUUGCUAUGUUAAUGCAUGCUGAUGGAAAAAAUCAAAAAUCAGCAAUGGAUGCUACUGUUACAAUUUGCCAUCGUUAUACACCAUUAAAGGAAUUGGCAAAGUAUUGUAAAUUGGCAGAUAUUAUUAUUACCGCAACUGGUGUACCGUCAUUGAUAAAAGCUGAUAUGGUUAAGGAGGGUGCUUGUGUGAUUGAUGUGGGAAUAACAAGAAUAACCGAUGAAGAAGGAAGAGCGAAAUUAGUUGGUGAUGUUGAUUUUGAAGCUGUUCGUAAAGUUGCAAGUUGUAUAACACCGGUUCCCGGUGGUGUUGGACCAAUGACUGUUGCCAUGUUGAUGCGCAAUACAUUAACUGCUGCAAAAAAUUUAAUGAAUCGACAAAAUGGUCCCAAUCAGUAGAAUAUAAUAAUUUUAAAUGUAAAAAUGUAUUAUUUAGUUAAUUAAAUAUUUUUAGAAAUAAUAGACAAGUUGUUAUUUUUGCUAAAGUAAAAACAAAAUUUGAAUAAAAUACAAAUUAAUUUUCAACGAA